AUGAAGUCCUUUCCAGAAGAGAUCGAAUCUGCGCUUGCCAGCUACCGCAAAACCUCAGCGGAGAGGAAUAAGCGUGCUAUCCAAGUUUAUGUCGAUGCUGUCGUGAACGCUGACUUUGAGGACGAGACAACCGAAUCCGAAUUCACCGAGGACGAGAUGAACCAAGAGCGGAUUGGGCAACUCGGAGACGUCGUCCAGGACACGCUGGACGACCUGACUCAGCCAACAGAGCUCCUAGACCGUUACGACGAGCUGGCACUGAAACUCUCUCUAGAUGGUACAGCUGGGGGUGAUAUCGACCCGGAGGAACGUGCCAGUCUGGCCGAAGCCUAUUUCAAAGCCCUCGAAGCCGCCUUGAAGGAAAAGGCGCCUGAUGAGGUCAAGGACACCAUCUCGGUCCCGGAGGAAUUCCGAGUUUUGGCCAAACACAAUCAUUCCGAGAUUGCUUCUCGUAUAUUGGCGCCUAGCGACAUACCUGGAAAACAUGCUGUGGACGAGAGGGUUGCCUCAGGAUGGAACCUGGGCUCGACAGUAGACUGCGAUUGGACCUGUGUAUAUGCACAGGAGUCGGAUGAUAGUUGGGCUUGGAAAUUCGUAUGGCCAGAUCAAAGUAAUUCGCGGGCGUUUGAUACCAUUCCGGAUUUGAUGGAGUGGUUCCUGGAAUUCUCCGAGUCGGACCCGCCCGUACUUGGAGGUGUCACCGCGGAGAACGUGAUAGAUCGGGUAUAA